CCAUGUGCUUUGAAGCAGUAACCAACAAGUGUUUGUCGCGUGCAGAGAAAUUAUUAAUAAUGAGUUUUAAAGUUCAGCCAAAGGGCUUUGCCACUAAGUCUAUUCACGCUGGUCAGGAUCCGGAGCAAUGGAAGAGUGCUUGUGUCAUACCACCUAUAUCAUUGAGCACAACUUUUAAACAAGAUGCCCCGGGAGAGCAUCGUGGGUAUGAAUAUUCGAGAAGUGGGAAUCCCACAAGAAAUGUAUUAGAAAAUUGCUUAGCAGCUCUGGACAAUGCAAAGUAUGGUUUAACUUUUUCAUCUGGUCUUGGUGCUACUACUGCUGUCAUUACUAUGCUCAAUAGUGGUGAUCACAUUGUAAUAGGAGAUGAUGUGUAUGGGGGAACAAAUCGACUGAUAAGACAAGUGGCAUCAAGGCUAGGAAUUUCGGCAAGUUUUGUCGAUGCUACUAAUUUAAAUAUACUUAAGGCUGCCCUCAAGCCUGAAACUAAGCUGGUUUGGAUAGAAUCACCAACAAAUCCACUUAUAAAAGUUGCGGACAUCGAAGCGAUUGCAAAAAUAUGCCAUCAGGUUGGAGAUAUAAUAGUAGCGGUAGACAAUACAUUUCUUACCUCAUACUUUCAACGACCUCUCGAUUUGGGGGCAGAUCUAGUCUGCUAUUCAUUAACAAAAUAUAUGAAUGGGCAUACGGAUGUUGUUAUGGGAGGAAUAACAAUGAACUGUGAUGAUCUAUAUACGAGAUUAAAAUUUUUACAAAACGCGGUUGGUAUUGUUCCAUCUCCGUUUGAUUGUUAUCAAGUUAACCGCAGUCUGAAAACAUUAUCAUUGCGUAUGCAAAAACAUCAGCAAAAUGCACUCGAGAUUGCAAAAUUUCUUGAAUCACAUAAUUUUGUUGAAAAAGUUCUCCAUCCAGCGCUGGAAUCCCAUCCACAUCAUUCUAUUGCUCUUAAACAAACAUAUGGCUAUAGUGGAGUAUUUUCCUUUUAUAUCAAAGGAUCCCUAAAGCAUUCUACAGCUUUUUUAAAAGCCCUAAAGGUGUUUACAUUAGCCGAGAGUCUUGGAGGAUAUGAAAGUUUGGCUGAGUUACCAUCAAUCAUGACACACGCCUCUGUUCCUUUUGAAGACCGAAAAGCGUUGGGUAUUACUGAUGCUCUUAUUCGUUUGUCAGUCGGACUAGAGGACUCUGAUGAUUUAAUAAACGAUCUACGUUGUGCUUUGGAUAUUGCAGCCCAAGUUGAAACUCUAGAUAAAUCAAAUUAAGCUAAAAUUUUGUGUGUAAUGGUAAAAUUUGAAAAAAAUUGAUGAUAUAUAUAAAAUGUAGUAUGUGAUGUAAUUAAACCAUUUUUUUUUUAACA